CCUCCUCCUCCUCCUCCUUUCCUCCAGUUAGUAUCUCUCCGGCUUGUGUGGAGGGAGUACAGCCCUGUGGUACCUCCGUCUCUUCAUUUGUCUCUCCAAUCUCUCCCUCUCUCUCUCUUUUUCUCUCCAUUCACCGAUCUCAGGUCUUUGUCCCGUAAUAUACAUCACCAUCUGACUUCAAUCGGAGAUGGUGGUGAUGAUGCAACACCGCGUAGCCAUAGUGGUGGUGGUGGUGAUGGCGACACUGGUGGUGAGAAGAGGGUCAGCUCAAGGCACUUACAGCUAUGCGACCUACGGGGAAUACGAUGACUACGGGGGAACGGGGGGCGGGGGGGGCGUGUACGACAACUAUGACGCCCCGUACGAUGAUUAUGACGACUACGAGCUCCCCGCCCCCCCCGCCUUCACCUCCAAAAGCCAGGUCCUGAAGGUUGAGGUCGGGGGCGAUGUGACCAUUCCCUGUGACGUCGAUAAUAUUGGCGAGUACAUCAUGAUUCUGAAGAAGAUCAUGAAAGACGGAGAAUCUCGCUUCCUUUACGUGGGCAACAAUGCACUCAAGCCAGCCAGGCGCAUCGUAAAGAACGGGACGGAGUUCACCAUUAGCGGCGUCCGUCGAACACACGCCGGCGUCUACGUCUGCAGGAUCGAGGCGUCUCCUGCUGUUGAACUCUCCCAUACUAUUGACGUGCUCUUCGCCCCUACGGUCAGGCUGGUGACCCCCCCGGUGCAGAGCAUGACCAAGGGUGGCAACGUGACCUUCGAGUGCCAGGCGGAGGGAAACCCAACCCCUGAGGUGACCUGGACCAAAGCCGACGAGGAGCUGCCACAGGGGGCCGUCCAGGAAAUGGAGGAGGAAGGAGUGGCCGUUUUGGAGGUGGUGAGUAUCGCAGUGGGGGACGCCGGCGAGUAUGUCUGCAGUGCCCACAACGGUGUCACCCCGCCAGCCCACCCCCACCCCCACCACCACGCCACCACCACCGCCACCCUGCACGUCCUCUACCCGCCCCAGCUCACCGCCGAGCAGCACAUUGAGACCACUCCUGACGGGGCCUUCGCUGGGGUCCUUAGCUGCGAGGUCACUGGCUACCCCAAACCCGUCGUGACCUGGAAGAGAGCUGACCAUGCCUCCCUCCCCGCCCACGCCCAGCAGUCCCCAGCCCACACCCUCCUUCUGCAGCCCCUGGGGACGGAGGACCUGGGAGAGUACAUCUGUCGGGCUGAGAACGAUUUUGGUGUGGACGAGGAGGAGGUGGACUUGUUAGGUCUCUUGCCGGCCCCCCAGGUGACCAGCGGGGAGGCGGGGGGGCCGCGCGCCCACUCCCUGACCAUCUCCACCGCCCCCUCCCUCACCCCCCCCGUGCCCCCCACCACCUACCGCCUGCGACUGAAAGAGGUCCACGAAAAUGAGGAAGAGGAGGAGGAGGAGGAAGAACCAAGAGACGAAGAGAACGAAAUAGAACCAGAACCAGAACCACAGGCGGAACCACACACUGAAGAACAAGGAGAGGAGGAAGAACCACACGGGGGAGACUUCAACACCACAACCCCGGACAUCGAACCUGAACCAGUCACAGCGAACCCCGAACCCGUCGACCCCUGGACCACCUCAAUUUACCCCAUGUCGGAGGCUACGGGUGGGGAUGUGGCUGAGGGGAGCGAGGGGGGUGUGGCCGUCCAUCUGAGGCACACCAUUGAGGGCCUUGAGCCACACACACACUACCAGGUGACGGUGGCUCUGCAGAAUGAAUUUGGGUGGUCGCCAGAGUCUGAAGUCUUGGAUUUCUGGACAACGGAAGAGACCACCACCACCACAACGACAACCACCACAACCACCACCACCACAACCAGGCGGCCACCAAGAGGACGUAUGGUUAAGUCUGGUGUUGCACGGCUUGGUGGAGGUGUGAAGCAGAAGGUGUUGAGGGUGGUGGUGAUGGCGGUGGCGGUGUUGGUGUUGGGAGCGGUGGUGUGGUAGUGAGCGAAGUGGUGUUGAUAGAAGUGGUGCUGAUGGUGUGUGUGUGUGUGUGUGUGUGUGUGUGUGUGUGUGUGUGAGUGUGUGUGUGUGUGUGUGUGUGUGUGAGUUUGUGUGUGUGUGUUAAGCUAGCUACCUCCUAUUCAUCUCUCUCUCUCUCUCUCUCUCUCUCUUCUGUACAAAUUGCUUUUUUUUCUUUCUUUUUUUUUUUUUUGCUUUAUAAAUUUUGUUGUUGCCAAAUUUUGUGAAUAAUUAACUGUGUGUGUGUGUGUGUGUGUGUGUGUGUGUGUGUGUGUGUGUGUGUGUGUGUGUGUGUGUGUGUGUGUGCCCUGCAAAUUCAUUAUAAUAUUAUGCUCAGUAAAUAAUAUAAAGAAAAUGUAAUAAUUAUG